AUGAGCGUGACAGCUAAGGCGUGGAGAACGACCGCAGCGGACAUGGAGUUGAUUUCCAGUAAGAAAAGGAAGUUUUGCUCAGAGAUCGAAAAUGAGGGCUACGGCGGCGGGGAGGUGGAUCCGUCGCCGGAAAAUUCAGCUUCGCCGGCGGAAUCUACGACCUGCGGUGGCUUUUACGAGCACGAGGAGUGCUCGAGCGGCGUCGUGAAGAAGAUAUCGUCGGAUUUGGAGAUUGUUGAUUUGCAGUCAGAAUGCUUUGGAACGGAGAUUUCCACGUCCAUCACUCGCGUAUUCAGUAGAGAGGCAACUCCGACCAGCGAUUUUUACGGAGACUCGGAUCAAGUGUCACUGCACCCAGUCUCCACGGCAAAAGCCAAAAAAUCUACACCUCCGGCGACCUCCCGCCGGAAAAUUCUGGAGCUUUCGCCGUCGCCUGUGGAUCUUGAGGAGUUCUUCGCGGCUGCGGAGAAGAAGUACGACCAGAAACGAUUUGUUGAAAAGUACAACUAUGAUAUUGUGAAGGACGUUCCAUUGGAGGGAAAAUAUCAAUGGGUUCGUUUACACCCUUAA